UGCUGUCCGCACGAAAGGGUGACGGGUGAGUGUAGUAACGAUGCGUGUGCAUGUUCCUGCCAAAUACACCAUAAAUGAGUGUCUCGCUUAAAGAGAGGGCUAUGUUCAAGAUAUGAAGUUCGUGUGAUCAAGUAUAGUCUGUCAGUAGUGUCUUUCAGGGUUUCUUGGGUCUUUCACUGUUAUGGGCGUCUAAAUACACUUGCUCCUUGAUUCGGUACAGCCAGAAGGUGAGAACAUGCUCGACGACAACGAUUGAAAUGUCCAUUAGUCCUAUAUUGGGGGAAUAGCGGCUGAUAUUAGUUCUUGAAUAGCGAGAUAGCACGAUCAACAAGACGAUUGCUCACCCUGGCGGACUUCGCUACCUUUAACAUAGCUGUCAUGGACCAGAUGUCGGGCGAAUCAGACAUCACGCGUAUAUACAGCCUCCUCAUAGAGGUUUCUGACCAGAUGAGUCACACCCGCUCAAUGGCACGAUCGUUGCAUAACGUAGCAGAUGGUGUCAAGGCGCAAGCUGUUCAAUCGCAGACUGGUUUUGUUCUGAGGAAAUACAACUUAGACAAGUCACAGGAAGAGUACGAUGCUGAACUCGAACGCAUGAAUGCAGCCAUGUCUGCAGAGAAUCAAACCCUCGUCAAUGAUAAUAAACAACUCAACGCGCUCAUCAAAGAGUACGAACAAACCCUGGAAAACGUCAUGGCGACAUUCCGAAAUCGAGCGAAUGAAGUUCAACAACGUGAACUUGCUAUCAUUCGUGAUUACGAGAGGAAGUUGCUCAUUCGCGAGACAGAAGAGCUUGUGAAAGCGCUAGAGUGUACGUCUUCACAAUCGCUUUCUCUUACUAGGCUUGGACAGACUCUGCGUGCCAUGACACGGUCCCUCAAUGGAGAAGAGCCCGAGUAUCUUCCCGAAGACUUCGAUGCAGAGGGCGCUUCAUCCAACGACCCAAAUCAUAUCGCCUCUUCGUUGUCCUUGAGCCUCCCAUCUGGCGUCAACUCAUUAGAGCUUAACGAGACCGAGGUGGGCCAGAAGGAAAAGGAACUUGCUGCCGCCGAAUGGGCCCUGGAGCGAGAAUGCGAACUUGCGCGCCUCGAACGAGAAAACGAACAUCUUCGCAAACUGUAUGCAGAGCAUGUAGGAAUGAGCACAGUGGGAGGGGGGAACAAAGUUGUCUUGAAGGAGUUGCCCAAAGUCACUGCUAUCCCAAAGGCAAGAUUAGUCUCAGCGGAACACCCAGGUGACUCUCAGGCACACACGUCACCUUCCCAGGAGAGGACCGAGUAGAUCCUUCUGGUCAGCGUUUGAUCCUUGCCCGCUCCAGCAUGCUCGACAGCUCACUCGCAGCUAACGAGCUUAGAUGACGUCGUAGGACUUCGACGCUGAUGCCUUUCUAUGACCGUCAUAUCAAUUUGCUCCUGUCAUCGUCCCUCCUACGGUAUCAUCCACCCAUUUACCACCACGCAGAUGAUACCCACCCUGAACCUUCACGUAAAGGUCGAACAUGGUUGUAAUAUUCCAGCAUAGCAUACAUAUUGUAUGUACAUUCAAUGCAUUCAUUCGAUCUCCCGUUCUUCAUGUGUAAUAUGGCUUUUAUUGGGCUUUUAUGAGCUCAUUAUGCCGAGCUAUCACCUGCAAGGCACACAGGCAUUCUCGACCUCUACUACGGCAUUCUGCGCGAGACUUUGCCCGAGGACGUCACCGCCGCUUCUACCUCUUGGCCGGCGAAAGGUCUAGACACGAGGAGCGAAGUGGAGCAAAACUCCCAUGCGGUCAUUCCGUCGAGUUCUAUCAGGGCCUUGUAUUCACAAAAGUGAUGAUCCAGCCGUUUGUCGGGGUUUCGAAAGCUUGACAAAUGGCUUGCGAGGAUUCCCCAUACCCACGACGCACAGCGUGUAUCUUGAGGAGGAGCGUUUAUACGUUUCUCAAUGUUCUUACCAUCUUGUUUCGAGCGGUCAGAAACAAUCAAAACUGAAUGAUCUCUUCCGCCGCAAGCGUUUUAUUGCAUUCAUAAAUCAUCAAGCCGCGCCGCGUUGUAUUUUUCUGAGCGAGUGACGUAUGUUGUCAGAAAACCAUGGUUGGGAACUGCCUUCCUGGCACAAACCGCUGCUCGGGUCCCCCCUGCCGGGAUUGAGUACAAAGACAA